AUAACGAGACGGCUUAUCAUUUAUUUUAUUCUCUAGAGAAUAUAUACCACAUUUUCCUAAUCGCAUCAAUUUGCAACACAAAAAAAUAGUUCUCACUAAUAGAUAGUAGCACAUCAUGGAAAGAUUAGGUUUGAGAUACCCCAUAUUCCAAUCGCCAAUGGCGGGAGUUAGCACUGCAAAACUUGCAGCAGCAGUCAUUCGUCAAGGUGGCUUAGGGUCACUCCCAUUGGCAGGCUUUGAUCUUAGAAAUGGAACUGGGAAAUUGACUGAACAUCUUAAAUCAUUUGCAGAUCUAUUACCUGAAGAGUUAAGACGUAAUGUAAAUUUGAAUUUCUUUUGUCAUGAUAGAUCGAUUCAAGCAACCGUUCCAACCCAAGUGGAAACUUCAAAUUGGAAGAAAUUAUUUUCUAAGGGAUUUGGGGAUAAUACUAAAGUUGAUUUAAAUAAUAUUGAGUUCCCUAUUUCUAAUGUUUCAUUCCAGGAAAUUGAACAAAAUCACCCUAAAGAAUAUGCUCAAGUAUUGGAUUUACUCUCUGAAUUUCAACCUAAAGUAGUUAGUUUCCAUUUCGGUCUUCCUUCAAAGAACACCGUAACACAUUUGCAAGGUGCAGGCACUCAGGUUUUGGUUAGUGUUACGUCGGUGGAGGAAGCACUUGCAGCUGUAGAAUUGGGAGUUUUUGGUGUAGUUUGUCAAGGAUAUGAAGCUGGAGGUCAUCGGGGUAACUUUCUUGUAUCUCAAGAACUCUUUGAUGAGAAAUUAUCCACUUAUCUCCUCACUAAAUUAGUUCUCGAGCUGGUUCCUUCUGGUACAUUUGUAGUUGCUGCUGGAGGAAUCAUGUCUGGUAAGGAUAUUAAUACCUAUUUGGAUUUAGGAGUAGAUGGAGUUCAACUUGGAACUGCAUUUUUAGAUACAAAAGAGUCACUUUCGAAUGGAUUUUUUUCAACUCAAAUUGAAUCAGGUACUCCUCUUCCAACAAUUAUGACUAGUUUAGUUUCUGGGAAACUGGCAAGAUGUUUACGUACUCCCUUUAUUGAAAAAAUUAUGAAUUCCUACAAUGGUCUGGAUGAAUUACCAGCAUAUGGAUACUCUUACUCUGCAUACAAAAGUGCAUUAAAGGACGCAAAUGAUUCAAGUUUUGCAUUCUAUUUGGCUGGCCAAGGCUACCCUUUUUUGAAAGGGAAUGGUCUUGACACCGAAACGGUAUUCAGAGAACUUGUACAAGAAAUGGAAGAAUCCAAAAGUAUGUAGUAGGACAACAACUACUACAAUCAAAAAAACCAAUUGAUAUAAAGUCCUUCUCUCACUAUAUAAAAUAUUAUGGUGUGCUUAAAUCGCAUCAAUUUACGAAUACACGUUACAAUUCUC